AUGGAUCCCUUCAGCAUUCCCAUCACACCCGUCACUCGGCCCCACGUCGAGGUCGACCCGUCCCUGCUCAUCAUCACAAACGGGGACAUUAUCGAUACCCCGGUCCCAGAGACGCAAAUCUUCCAUUCUAUCGGCUACCAGUACGACUGGAACCUUCCGGUCCCUUUUUGGAAUUUCCUCGGGCGAAUUGUCGCCAAGGGAGUCUUUGACGACCAGACCGAGCUCGAGUAUCUCAACACUUGUGCGGUGGGCCGACGAGAGUUCAUCGCUUACACGACGGCCGCGUGGGCGGCCGCUGUAGAUGCACGGAAAGCGGCAGGCGAGGCCGAGCAGCCGCCGUUCACCGUCAUCGAGGUGAAGUUCAAGAGGCCGGAGGCGGGACAGCCAAUCGAAAUGACUUGGGCCCCUGCGAGAGCGCUAAUUACGACCAGGGUCGCGAGGAUGAGGCGAUGUAGGUUGAGGAUUUGCCCGGGUUCUGGAAGACGCAACUGA